AUGGCUAAGCGAACCGAGGGGGUGGAGAUGUUAACAGACGAAGAUCUUUUAACCGAGGUGCUUUCCAGACUCCCUGUAAAAUACUUACUCCAAUGCAAAGCCGUGUCAAAACCCUGGUACUCCCUCAUUUCCAGCCCUAAUUUCAUCAAAUCUCAUUAUCAACGUCAUGCUAUUACAAUCAACCGCGCUGUGGAUGAUAAUAAUGAACAAGCUCCUACUCUCAUUGUACGCCUUUUCAAAGGAGAAGAUCUUGAUGACCAUCCAGAAGAAGACGGCUCCUAUUCACUCUACCGGCUCGGUGCUACUGAUAAUUAUAUAGCCAAGCUUAACUUUCCUUUCUCCAGAGGUGAUUAUCCCUUCACGCCUCCCUCUAUUCUCGUUGGUUGUGUUUGCGGAAUUGUGUGUGUUUGUGUUGAUCCCUCUGCUUCUAUUGAUGCGAAUUAUUUCUUCCCUACUGCUGAUAAAGCUACUGAUAUAUACAUUUGGAAUCCCACUGCUAGGCAAUCCAAACUCAUUCCCUCGCAUGCUCUUUACAAUUGUGAUGAUAAAGUUGCUUUAGGCUUUGGGUUUGAUCCUGUUGAUUUUGAUUUUAAGGUUGUUAGGGUUGUGUCUCGUACUGUUUUUCCUGAGGUCUAUUCUGCGGAAAGAGAUACUUGGCGAAACGAGGUCUAUUCUGCGGAAAGAGAUACUUGGCGAAACAUUGAGACUAAGUUGAUUGAUAUUCCCUACAACUGUAGAUUUGAUAUAUGCCUCCAUGGAUUUUUGUUUGCCACGGGAUAUAGUGGUAUGGUGGCUUUUAAUCUAAAUAAGGAGGUGUUUAUUUGUGAUAUUAAACUACCUAUUAACUGUAAAGGCCCUCGCAAAUGUUACGAUGCCCGAAUUGUUGAUUUCAAGGAUUCUAUAGCUGUUAUGUUCUCUAAUGACGAGGAGUUGAGAAGCGGAAAAAUUAACUUGUGGAUAUUAGAUGAUGAGGCAUGCCUUCGUGGUGGUGGAGUUGAGGCAUCAUGGACUUUCAUGCUUAAUAUUGAUGUAGGUAAGCAAUUAGGCUAUCUCAAGGGCCUUUUCAACAAUGUUGAAUUCUUAUUGAUAUACGGUGAGUGGAUCUCUUAUAACUAUGACAGGAAAGUUGUCAGAUAUAUCAGAACUUAUCCUUUGUUUGAUUAUGAUGACGUUUUCAAGUAUACAGAGAGCCAGCAAAUGCUCUUAGUCACAGGAUCAAAAAUGGUCAAUUGGUCUGAUGACAAAGAUGUGGAAAGCAGUGUUGAUUUAGAAGAGAUGAUUCAGAAGGUGAUAAUGAGGAAAACAAUGUUGAUUUAG